AUGGCUGAUUUAGAUGAUUUUUUUGCAAAGAAAGAUCGUAAAAAGUCGAAAUCAGUCAAAAAGUUUGCAACUGCCGAUGAAUUAGCCAAAAAAUUGGAAGAUACUAAAAAAUCUGAUGUAAGGCCGAAAAAGGACAGACCAGCACAAGAAGGUGACGAGCCUGGUAGAACUGCGGAAGAGGAAGAAUGGAAGGAGUAUGAAGAGCCAGUGAAAGACUAUACAGGACUCAAGAUCCAGGUUUUGCAAGGUGGCACUACACAGGAGUCACGGGACUUGGCUGCUGAAGACUCUGCCCCGGACAAUGGAAAAAACAAAGGUCCUUGGAACAAACCUGCGGAGGUAGAACAAACCCCACCACCACCGCCUGUAGAAGAGAAACCUCGCGAAGUUAAGUCGAAAGUGUAUGUGCCUCCGGUGCCCAAAAAUCGGGAAGUCGAACCUAUGCGUCGAAAUCAAGCUAAGCAUGCGCCGGAUAUCCAUAACGACGACUACUUUCCGGUGCUGGGUGCGAGCGCCAAGCGCGGCGGUGGCUGGAGCACGGCCGGUGGCGGCGCGCCUCAGCGAGCCGGCAGCGCACGCCAGCCGCUCGCGCUCGACAACCGCUUCCACUCGCUGCAGGACGACAGCUAG